UAAUUUUUUGCUACCCGGAGCUGGUCCAUUCUGACGAAUUCGGUUCGGAUCUGGGUAGUGUAGCCGCCGGCUUCGAUGUGGUUUGAACGCCAUCUGCUUUCACCUCCAUUUUUAUGUUUUCAUCAAAGCCGUCUAUCGCGAUCCGAACUCCAUCUUCCUUCUUCGUUAGUCCAUCUUUCUUCUUCUUGCACCAAUCGUCACCAUUUCUAUUGUACCUACACACUUCUCCAUCAACGAUCCGCGAUGUAUUCUUAAGCGUUUACCACCGUAAUUUUGUCUAAGAGUUCGCCAGAAACUACAAAGUCGUCGGGAUUAAGGUCGCAGAUGGACUCAAAUUCUGAACAUACUCCCGCCCUUCCUACUUCCUGUGCGUUAUGUAUGAGAAUCCUGACAUCUGACAAUGACACCAGUGACUUUGAAGCUGUAAACAUGUGUAGUGAUUGCAAGUUCUUGCUCCUAGAAGAUCUUGAUUCCCCCAUGAGAGAUGUGUAUCAGUGGAGGUCAUUUGGGCUAAGAAGAUCAAGGUAUAACAGUAGUUCUGAGUCCAUUGAGAAUCUCUUUCCACAACAGUUGUCACAUAUGUUAAACGUGGCAAGGGAAAACCAGGACAAUAUAUUCACAAGCUAUCGGGCAACCCCCAGUGGAUCUAGGAGGUGGAGGAGGGUGGUCUCUGAUAGUGAAAGUGAUGGAAUUGAUUCAGUCAUUGCAGAGAGUGAAUCAAAUGUCAGUUUUAGUGGCCAUUACAGGGUUAUGCAUGUCGAAAAUGAAACCAUGUCCUAUGCAGGGAGCUCGAGUGCUUCUAUUGAUGGUGAAGGAAGUGAUGUCGACACUGAUACUGAUAUUGAUCCCAUGCAUGCUGGUAUGUACCAUUGGAACUCUGAUGAUCAGGAAGAGGAUGACAGUGAAUGGGAAGAAGGUGUAGGAUCUCGGCGAAGGCUGUCAUUGAGUUUGCCUGAGAGCACUUGGAGCAGAGUGGGCAUCCUCUCUGCAGAAUCUGAGGAUGUGGAGUAUCUGGACGGCCAUGAGCUUGAUGAAUUCGCAGAGCAUCUCGCCGAAGCUGAUGGGUUGAGAAGAGGAGCACCUCCAGCAUCAAUCUCUGUCGUUAACAGCUUGCCAUGUGUUGUUAUUAAGGACCGUGACCAGCUCGAUAGUUUGGUUUGUGCAAUAUGCAAGGAUUCACUCGUUGUUGGGACAGUUGUGAACCAACUGCCUUGUUUGCACCUUUAUCACCCUUCUUGUAUCUUUCCAUGGCUAAGUUCAAGGAACACCUGUCCUCUUUGCCGUUAUGAGCUCCCAACAGACGAUCAAGACUAUGAGGAUAGAAAACACGUGAAUGAGUUUAUAAGCAAUGAAAUUCAGCCGCAUGACAUGAAUGAAGAUCAUUCCUCAGAUGUGGUGGCAGCUAAUCCCGACGAUCUGAUUUGUGGCGGAAGAGACGAAAGGGAAGUAGAUACCAGUACAAACGGUGGAAUGGUCAGAGGGAGAUGGUAUUUUCUAGCUGUUGCUGCCGCACCUGUGAUAAGUGUUAUCAGCGUUGCCCUUAUGUUGUGGCUGGGCAACCCAAUGACAGAGCCAAGGACGUGCAGACCGCCUUCAAAUCAUCCUUUACAUUCGCAAAGAGUGAACAACAGGGGCAGGAGGUGGUGGUAUCCGCUUUAAAAUCUCUAACUGCUAGGGACAUCCACCAAGUUGGCCUCCUUUUUCCUGCUUAAUAAUUGUUGCCCCCUUGGAAUGUCUUCACGUAUAUAAUGUAAUGUUGUGUUAAGAGCAUAGGCGAUUUUAAGGCUUAAGAGAGCUAAUUGCAGAAUGUUUACUUUUUAUUUUAUUUUUAUAACGCUGGUGUCCCGGACCAUGUUGGCCAUAAAAAUCCCAUGGGCAUUGGAGUGAACUAUGAGGUAACUUCGAGUGACCCUGUAGGGAAUUUAAACUAGCAAACUCAUACAACUUUUAUUCUUGGAUGUACAACAGUUAAUCGUGUUAGUUUGUAACAUGUCCCGGAAGGUUCUGUGGACUGUUGUGUUUGUAACAUGUUUUGAAUCUUUUGAUAUGCAGUAAUCAUGUUAGUGAUC